UUUAAGGGCAUUCUAAUCGUUCCCUGUUUGCUAUAUGUUUCUGUCACUUCACUGAAUUAUUGUGUUAUUUUGUUUUGCCUCUUGUUCUGGUUAGGUGGAAACUAGAAUGCAUGUUAGCUCUACUGUAGGGAAAUGUGUUAAGUAGGCCCAUGAUAAUUAUCUACUUAAAUUUUGACAUGGGUGUGAUAGAAGAGGUGACUGGAGCAAUCAUUGUAGGUGCUGGCCCAUCUGGCAUAGCUACUGUAGCAUGCUUGAAAAUGUUAGGAAUACCCACUAUUCUGAUUGAGAAAGAAGCCUGCAUAGCCCACUUCUGGAAAAACAAAACAUAUGACAGGCUUCAACUUCACAUAGCUAAAGAAUACUGUGAGCUGCCAUUCAUGCCAUUUCCUCCCUCAUAUCCCACAUUUGUUACAAGAAAACAGUUCAUACAGUACCUUGAAGACUAUGCCACCAAGUUUGAGAUCAGCCCAAGAUUCUGCCAGACUGUGAUUGAUGCCAACUUCAUUGCAGGAAAAUGGCAUGUUAAAUGUAGUGGCAAGAAAGAUGAUGAAGAAGUGGAAUAUGUACUUGUAGCAAAAUGGCUGGUAGUUGCAACUGGGGAAAAUGCAGAGCCUGUGAAGCCUUCCAUUACAGGCCUUGAGGCCUUCAAUGGGAAAGUCCUCCAUUCUAGUGAGUAUAAGAAUGGUCAUGUGUUUGAAGGCCAAAAGGUUUUGGUCGUUGGAUGUGGAAACUCAGGCAUGGAAAUUGCUUUGGAUCUUUUCAAUUCCAAUGCCAAGCCUUCUCUUGCAGUGCGCAGCUCUGUACAUAUUUUACCACGAGUCAUAUUGGGUAAAUCUAUGUUUAGCGUGGCAACUAUAUUAAUGAGGUUCUUUUCAAUUCAAGCCGUUGAUUAUUUGCUAUUAUUUUAUAGUAGAUUGAGGAUUGGAAAUACUAGUUCAUAUGGCAUAGAAAGGCCAAGUGAAGGUCCACUAGAGUUGAAGAUGAAAACAGGCAAGACCCCUGUUUUAGAUGUUGGGACCUUGGCAAAGAUUCGUAGUGGAGAUAUUAAGGUUUUUCCUAAUAUUGAACAGGUCGUUUCUACUUCUAAGGUACGGUUUGUGAAUAAUAUUGUUGAAGAAUUCGACACAAUAAUCCUUGCAACUGGCUAUAGAAGUAAUGUUCCUCACUGGUUAAAGCAUGAUGGCGAGCUUUUUUCAGAAAAUGGAUUACCUAAGACACCAUUUCCUAAUAAUUGGAAGGGAAAUAAUGGAUUGUAUGCCGCCGGACUAUCUAAGAGAGGUUUACUUGGAUGUUCAACAGAUGCCAAGCUCAUUGCUCAAGAUAUAAAGGAUAUCUAUGAUAAGGAUGUCACAAAAUAG